AUGGCAACUCAAUUAUUGAUUCAAAAACCUGAAGACCAUCUUGUAUUUAUGAAACAAUAUCUUCAUCUUGCUGCAAAAAAACUCGAUAUAUCUAAUAUUAUUUUAAUUGCACCUGAAAAUUUUGAUAGAAAGGCAUUAGCCAAAAUUCUUCAGAAAGAAUUAGGUGUACAUCCUUUGAGCUUGAAAGAUCUUCGUAAAGUUUAUACUCAACAGGAUGAUACUUGUCAUUGCGAAGAAUCAGAAAAUCUUGCACAUGCAAUGAGAAAAGUAUUAGAAAGCGGAGCUUUUCGUGAAAGUGGAUGGUUGCUAUUUGAUUUACCGAGAACGAAAAAAGAAGCACGAAUAUUUCAGCGUAUGGGUAUAAUACCGACACAUGUGAUACAACUCAAAGUUUCAAAUGAAUAUGAAGUAGGUAUCAGAUCCAUUGAAGAACUUGGAAAAGAUUGUGCAAAACUAGCAAAGAUAAAGAAACAUUGUGGAACGCCAUCACUUUUUCGUAUUGUAUUAAUUGGCUCUAGGGGAUCUGGCUGUAUUACUAUAGCAAAAUACCUAGCUGAACGAUUCAAUCUUGUUUAUAUUGAUUAUGAUUAUAUUGCAGAACAGGCGCGUUUACAACAAAAUUCUUUAGGAAAACUUAUUCGAUUAUUUGAAGAACAAUGGGGUGAAAGACCCAAACCUGAAAUUAGAAUUCAAAUUGUUGAAAAAUAUAUAUCUGAGUAUGAGUGCUUGAAAAGGGGUUGGGUUUUAACGGGUUAUCCAAAAACUGUAAUAGAUUUUAAAUUAUUUGAUUUGAGUCCUACCCCUCCAAACAGAGUAAUAUUUAUGGAAGUAAAUAGUGACAUCUGCAGAGAAAGACUACUCAAUCGUCGAUACAAUAUUGUUACAGGAAGUAAACAUAAUUUGUCUUCAACAAUCGUCAGUAACGACUUAAAAUUAGGUGUUCAUCCUAAAGAUUUCAGACUGAAUGUCGAACGAGAUUUACAAGAAUAUGAAGAAAAUGUGACUGAUAUGAUGGAAUAUGCAGGCGAAUCUGCAAUAAAAAUUGAUGGAAACGAUGAAGAAAGAAUUGUUCGAGAAAAAGUAGAAGCAAGUAUAAUGCAUCCAAUUCUAUCUUGGCAAUCAAGAAUACCAAGACCUCCACGUAAGAUUGAUCCAAUGAGCAUUGAAUUUGAUCCUGAUGACGAACCUGAUUCCAGCGUGUUCGAUAAAAUACGUGCCCCUGAGCCGAAGUAUACUUUUAUCUAACUUACAAUUAGUCAAUUAUUGAAAAUAUUUCAUUUUCAGCAAGGAUAGGAAUUGGGAUGCUCCUAGUAUAUUCUGUUACCCUAACGCACAGAGCAUCUUAUUUUCACAAUAUUAUAGCAUUUAUAUGAUAUCAUAUACAGAUUUUCUAACACAUUUAAUGUUUAAAUCUUUUUUUAUAA